AUCAAGCACCCCACUGUAGAUGGUUGAACAACCGAACCACCGGCGCCAUGAAUUAGGAAUACGUAUGAGUACGACCAGCAUGUGUCCGCUGUAAAUCCAGAAAAUCACAUGGAGAACGGAAUGGCUGAGUCCCUGUUUAUUUCGUGGAAUACGAAAAAAUCUGUAAUAUAAAAUGGAGUGGUAGUGGGAGAGAAGCGCGCUGUCUCCAUUACCGAGAGGCGCGUCCACCUGCUGAUAGUGGAAGUCCGGGUUUGGAAAACAUGGAGAAGUCUCAGCAUUAAGGAAAAAGACAAAUUUCCCAUCAUAUAAAAAGAGACGGGGAAGUGAGAUCCUGGCGACGGGAAUAGUAUUAAGAGGUUGAACAGUGGUAAUGAUGCAUGGAAGGAAAAGAACCAGGCCAUAUUGAUGGAUGUUCUACAGGAAACCAACCUUGCUGUGCCGGCCCAAAACCUCACACAAGUCAACGGGGCGGAUGAGAGAGGAACACAUGAACAUGGAGGUAAUCUGAAGCCUUACGCUGCUGCAGAUGCUGCUGUGCCUCUCCCUUCAUCUGCUGCUGAAGCAAAUGCACAAAGAGGAAGCCAGGAGUGCCAGAGAGCUGCGCUGACCCCACCCUCUCCGCUGAGUCUGAAUGAGCAUGCUGUCCCAGAUGAGUCCUCCACCCAUGCCAUCUCCCUCACCUCCUGCACCACCAAAGUCGUGAGUCCCUGGUCAAUGCCUGAGGACUGCGACAAGGCGCCCUUCCCCAUGAUGGUGCCAGGAGGCAUCUCAAACCUAACAGGGGACUGCCUGAUGCAGCCAAGCCGCACCUGCCUUGGCUGCUUCAUUGAGACCAAGGACACUCCAGACUCAGAGCCCGAGAUCAAUUUGAAAAUGGGAGACAUGAGCCGGGAGUAUGACCCCUGCUCCAUCCCCGACAUAGGCAUGCAGUGUAUGAGCUCCGGAGACAGCAGCCGUUUUGGUGACCAGCUCCUGUCUGACCAGCUCCUCAGCUAUCCUGAGCACAAAGUCAGGGAAAUGGAGAAGAGGGACACUGAAAAGUCAGACAGUGACUCUGAGGACCCCACGUCCAAAAGCAUUUAUGAGGGCCUGCUUCUGGACAAGUGCAACGGUGAGGAGGCACUUCUGACGAAUCCUAGUCAGGACUGGGGCUGUUUUGAGUCCUUCAUCAGCGAAAGCAAGAUGGAGCUGCUGGACCUCUGCUCCAAGAAUGAGCUUUCCGUUAACCUCUUCUCAGAAGAGGAUGUUGACAACUACAUGUUUGACGAUGAUGACGACUCCACGCUAAGCAGCGAUGUGUGUUCCCUUAAGAUCCGCUACGAAUCUUUCCAGGACAAUGUGCGGGAGAAGACUAAUGCCCUCCAGGAGGAGGCCCAGUUCAACUUCUUUCCAAGUGUCCUGGUAAACUAUGCCAAGAAGGAAGGCGGAGCCAUCAGGAAGAACACAGAUGGGGUGCAGCUUAAGGGUGAUGAUGUCAACCUCUGGGGGUCUGAGGACAAGGGAGACAAGAGUGGCAUCUCUGCUGAUGGCACACCGGAUGUUAGCUCUGAAAGUAACUACUUGUUUGAUUCCAACACCUCCACUGAAGACUCUGGUGAGUACAGCGAUGACAGCUCCUGCACUGGUUCCUCCUAUGACACUCUACGGGAGGCCAAGGGCAGCCACCGUUUCCUGUCCAGAGAGAAUUCCAGCUCCUCCAGUCAGCUGAACUAUGGACUCCGUGCGAAGAGAAAAGUCAGAUACAGUGAGGACUACUUAUAUGAUGUUGAUUCUAUUGAGAGUGAAAGGAACACGGAGAAACGCGAAAAGCAGCCAUCUGGUCCAAAAGAGGAGGAGGACGACGACUGGUGUCCAAAGAAGAGGCGAAAAUCUUCUCGCAAGGAGCCUCCAGUGGUUAUAAAAUACAUCAUCAUCAAUAGGUUCAAAGGAGAGAGACACAUGCUGGUGAAAGCAAGGAAAAUUGACCCAACAGACAUGACAGUUAGCUUAAAUGAGGACUUGCUGCAGAAGUAUGAAAAAUUAGCUCCUCUGAAGGAAUACUGGCAGAAGAGGCAGCAGGAAAGGCAGGAGCGAUGUAGGCUGGCACUGGGAGAUAAACACAAAUUUUGCCUGAACGGUUGUAGACGUUCCUUUAGUUCUAGUCCCCCAAAACGGAAAUACAAGAUUGCAAAUAGACUCAGGAUUCAAAGAAUUCAAACUGUGGAGCAAUCACCAAACAAGCAGGGCCCCUGUUCCUCUGAUCACAAACAAGAAGGCAGCACGGAAGGUGAGGCAGCCAUCACAAAUGUGCCAUUAACAACAGCAGCCUCCAGCCACACAAGCAGAUUAGACCAAAGUGACAUCAUGGACACUGGAACAGUAAACAGCAGAUCACAGGAAAGGGAAGAUAAGAGAACUGGAAACAAAAUUGUGAGAAUAAGGAAAUUUAGAAGUGAAGCCAGACUAAGGAGCAAAAAAAUAAAAUGCAUGCAAGAGGAUAGCAAAAGCAUGAAAAACCUACCAGGGAUUUGUCCCGUAUUAGAAAACCAGAACAGUGUCAGGGAUGUAAUAGAUACUACGGUUGACUCUGCUGCAAGCAAAAAAUGCAGCGCUGAUUCCAAUGAAAAAUCAGCUUUUAGACCAGCCACCUGCUCUCCUGACAAAGGCACGCCAUCUGUAAAUGUGGCUGCAAGUGUAUCAGUUGUUCCUGGAGGGUAUCUUCAGACACUGCUAGAUGCAUCUGAAUCAUCGAGUAGCACAGGAAUCUCUUACUUCCCUCAGCAGCAUUCCAGGCAGUAUCCACUUGGUGUUUCCCCAGAGGAGAAGCAGUUUGCUUCUCUCCAGCUUGCCCAAAGCUGUGUGCUCUCGCCUCCCUCUGAAUCUGAGCUCCAGCAAUCACCCCAGAACUGCACAAACCAGAUGGAGGCAAAUUUCACCCAAAUGUGGCAUACGGAGUCUGGUUCCAACCAGCCACCAUUUGAACCUGACAUUCCUGAGUCCACUAUUUUGCCUAAUGGCUUCAGUGGCCCCAUGCCUAUGUCUUUGGCGGACAAUAUGGCCUUCUCGGAAUAUAGUCAGGUCAAUCUGGAUGGCAACAGGGUGGUAUAUGAAAAGAAUGAUAUACCUGAGCAGCCUCUUCAGCCGAAUGCAGACUAUCAGGCAUGCCGAGCAUCAGGCGGGGAGGGAAAUUUAACAUUUCAGAGAGGCGUCCUCAACACAGACAAUGGGAGACUGAUCAGUUUUGAUUCAGUGGGCUCACUGUCAGCCUCUUCCAGCAAUUACAGCUCUCUAAGUUUAAAGUCCUGUGAAAAGGACACUGAAGAUGACAUGAAUGACAACUUCUUGGCCCACUGCAGUCCGAAACUAGUGAUCCAGCAAAGUGUUGAUGAAAUUACUCCCCUGAGGGAGUCCACAGACCUGCUGGACAUCUCUAACUUCACUCCAGAUAAGUUUCGGCACUCGUCCCUGUCCGAGAUGUCACCCCCAGACACGCCCAAUUUGUCUCCUCAAGUGACAGGGCCAGAAAUGAAGGGAGGAGGGAAAGCCAAGGAUUUCCAAGAUGCCAGUGAAGUGGCACUGGGAAGUACAGCAGAGAUGAAGUGGGACUGCAGUGCCAUGCCACCGCAGGUGCAACAUGGCAGGACUUUUACAGUGGACAGCCAUCAGUUCCAGUUCCACACUUUCAGUGAUGAUGAUGGUGUGGGGCUGGCUGAGAAGAACAGCAGCUUUGACGGCUUUGAUGAGCAGAAUAACUCAAUCAUCAGUGGUACAAAGGGUCCAAAGUCAAAGAAGAAAACUGGCAAGCAGAAUUCUGCACUGGAGCAGAAGGGUACAAAGAAAACCAAGGCUCCCAGAGCAGCCAAGGCUGAAAGGAGCAAAAGCCCCCGGCAGAAUUCGAGGUCGACCAAAAAGAUAAAAGCUCUACUAGAUGGGAAGGCUGCUAAAGGUCAAGCAGGAGGCUCCAAGACACCCCCAAAAUUCCGAAACAACUUGAUUUCCGCUGCUCAGUCAGUGACAAAUACCAUGACUGGAUCUCUCACCAGAAUGUCUGGGGAUUGGCCCUCACUGAAGGAGUCAGGCACAGGUUGGUCUGAAGGCAGCAGCAACCUUCUAGGUGAUGAUCAACGGGAGUUCGAGGAGCCUUCCAACAUCCUGUCCAAUAUUGCAUCUGGCAUGGCCGAGGUUCAACGGUUCAUGAUGGCCUCCAUCGAGCCGCUGUGGAGUCCUGGGUCUGGAGUCUGCCUGCCCCCAGAGGCUAAUAGCCUGAAGUUAAAGACACUCAAAAUCUUGGCAGGUACACCACCUGAUUUAAAGAAGAAAGGCAUCGGCACCACUAACACAGGGGCAACUAGAGGAAGGAAGUCAACUGGCAGGGGGGGUAAAAACCAGGCUAAGCUCAACUCCUCCCAUCCCUUCUUCCCCCCUCUUGCACUGGACUGCAACAUGUUUGACAGGCCCAGCCUAGGCAUCCCUGGCACCAACGGACCCCCCCACAAAAAGAUGUACCGUCACAAAACCAGUGCGAAAUUCACCCGGGAUGAAAACAGUAAGGGGAAGCGAGCAGACCCAAACAAGGAUUUAGCAUUGAUGGCCUCUUUUGAAAAACUGAGGUAAUAUUAUGUAACUGUGGCUGCAGUUGCGUCCCCUCUCACUUUUCCUCCCGCUACUUGCUCAGCCCCUGUCCCCUUACUUUCCUCCCUUGUUGACUCAAUGCAAAAGCUGCAUGGCAAAGACAUUAUCCUUGACUACCCCCGCCUCCUUUUUUCCCCUGAAGAGAGCAUUAAUAACUUGCAUGAGAAACUACUUGUACUUGCAAACUACCUAUUGAGUGAUUGUGUCCAGCUUGACUGGGAUUUGAAACUACCAUGGCUGCAGUUUUUUUCUUGCUCUGUUGCUGCUUCAGUUUUUGGUUUUAUCUAGUUAUGGUUGUCUUUUGGUUUAUUUUUGUAAGAAAAGGAAAAAGCCUUGAAAACCCUUUUUGAAGCCUUUCUUGUGAUUAUGCUAUGGUUUACAAACUUUUUUUUUAGUGAAACUUGCUGCCCUUCCCCAAUAAUGUCACCCUCUUACUGUCUGCACACUUCACUACAGAAAUGCUUUAAAUGAAAACAUAAACACCCCUGUCUUAUGUACGCAGAAUAUGGAUCCCCUUCAUAUCACAGUCGGUAUUUUACAGCCUGACUCAUAUCAUGAGUGGAAAACUACGAAAUCUUGUAAAGACAGACUCACCCAUCUUUCCUUAUAGGCUGUAAGUCAGCCCAGGAGUGACGGGAAAAUGUUUUAAGUUUCUGCUGACAGCCAGACUUUUCUUAAUGCAAAAAGGGACCUUUUUGUAAUGAUUCUAUAUAUAGUGAACUUUUUCAUCUUGGUUUUCUUCUUAUUCUUGGAAUGGAAUUCUGUUAUUUGCGUCUUGACAUAAUUGCUUUUGGGGGGCCUUAAUGGAAUAGGGCCCCCAAAGAUUAAUUUCUAAGCCUGGGAAUACAUUGAAUAUUAUUUUAAAUAUGUUCUAAUAUUCUUUGUUCAGAUUCAUUUUUUGUUAAUGCAGUUGUACAAAAACAUAUGCACUAUUUGCAAAAAAGAUAAUAUUGAAAUUCAUGUGCCAAACUAUGAAUGAGUAACUGUACAGACAUUUUUUAUCUAUAUGAAUAUUGGCUGUUUUGUUUUUGGACUCUGAAGAAAGUCGGUAUUACAGAGACGUUUUGUUUUGGGACCCCCUCCAUUGACAAGCAUCUGCGGCUGGCAGUGGUAUACAGUCAAUCAUCUUACCAAAAUGGAAAGACUCGGAUUUAUUAUUAUUAUAAUUGUUUGCUUUUUACUUUGGUUACCAAAUUUAUCUUACCUCAACACCACCCAACAUAGAGAAGCUUACAGAGAAGUAAAAUGGAGUCCUGUUGAAAGCUGAGGGAAAAUGGAAAGAGUUUCCAAUAUGAGAUUUAUUGGGCAAAGCAGGGCAUCAGCCAGAAGGAAGUCUGAAGGUCUGCCACGGGGACAAGCUGCGGAUUGGACACUGCACUGAGCCCAUCUGGCCCUGUGCGGAUUGCCUUCUCUCACUCCUACCUACUGUCAAUUGAAUGUACUCCGAUGUUAUUAUUAUUAUUAUUUUUUUUUCUGUACAAGAUACCACUGUUGAGCUGCUGCUUUUUAAUGGUGCUAAUAAAGCACACAGUCACACAAACACGCACACACAUACAAAAAUAUCAAGUAAAAACUUUUCCCAGAGUCAAAAAAGGAAAUGAGAAAAAAAAUCCAAUUCUCUCUGUACCCUCUUUACGAAUGUAUAAUAUACUGUUAUGUUAUGUUUGAUGUACU